AUGCCACAACGUCCAUCCAAUAAAGUAAAAGUUUAUGUUCGAAGUCGUCCUACCAAUAAUUUUGCAUCGGAUGCUAUUUCUCUUGGACGAGAUAAUCGAACAGUUAGUAUUCAUCGUGUUCCAUCGACAAAUAUUGUUGAUAAUAAAAUCAACGAUUGGGCAUUCCAUUUAGAUGGUGUAUUUCAUAAUAUUAGUCAAGAAGACAUAUUUAAUUUUGUAGCUAAGGAUGUCGUCGAUCGAACAAUAGAUGGCUAUAAUGGAACAAUUUUAUGUUAUGGUCAAACAGGAGCAGGAAAAACUCAUACAAUGACUGGUUUUAGUGAAAGUUAUCCAAAUCGUGGUAUUAUUCCACGUACUUUACAACAUCUUUAUCAACAAAUCAAUGCUCGACAAGAGUUUUCUUAUACUGUUCGUAUUGCAUAUCUUGAAAUUUAUAAUGAUUCCAUGUGUGAUUUACUUCGUUCACUUGAUUCAUCACCGGAGUAUCAACAACAACAACAACAACAGCAAUUAUCCAUUGGUGAAGA